AUGCUCCGCCCGCCCAACACCAUCGAGGAACUCAUCGCUCAGCUCCUGGAGGACGGGGAUCCAUCGCACGAGGCCAUCGCCUCUGAACUAGGCGUCUUGCAGAGCAUCUAUGGUGAAGACGCUCUCAAGAUAUGGUGGCCUCCGCAUCGCGCCAGAAGCGAGUCCCCCGACCGUGGCGGUCCCCCCACCAGCCCCGAGCCGGGCACGACACGCUACGAGGUUACUCUGAGCAUCGACGGCGCACCGAACGUCAGUCAGGAUCCAGACCAGCCGACCACGGUCUCCGUGCUCGUCUCCCUCCCGUCCACAUACCCCGCCGAGAACCCGCCGCAGCUCCAGCUGCUCUCGCGCUACAUCGGGCCCUACGGCGUCGACGUCGCGCUCUUCGGCACCGUCCUGCGCACCUACAUCUCCCGCGGCGCCGUCGAGUGGGCGCCCGGCACCGAGUGCGUCUUCGACGGGCUCGAGUGGGUCCGCGAGCAAUGUGCGACGUGGCUCCGGGAGCGCACGAGCGAGAACAUGGUCGGCGCGAUGCUCCGCGAGGAGGGCCGCAGCCACGUGCUGAGCGAGCUCGUCGAGGAGGAGAGGGCGCAGGAGAGCUCGGGGCCGGCGAGCGAGCAGCGCGUCGUGCCCGAGGGGCCGGUGGAGAUGCCGGCGGGGGUGACGAUCGUCGAGGCGGAGCCCAUCUUGGACCGCAAGAGCGCGUUCGUGGGGAGGGCGUGCAGGAUCACGCAUCCGUCGCAGGUUCCACUCGUUCUGGCGCAUCUUAUGUCAGAUCGUCGAAUAUCUCGAGCAGCGCAUCCGAUCAUCAACGCCUGGCGAUGUCGAGAGGGGCUGUUUCUGCACCAAGAUAACGAUGACGACGGCGAGAACGCUGGAGGCGGGCGUCUCGCCCACCUCCUGCAGAUUCUGGAAGUAGAAGACGUGCUCGUGGUCGUCACGCGCUACUUUGGUGGCAUCCAUCUCGGGCCGGACCGAUUCAAGCACAUCAACCAGGCGGCGCGCAACGCGUUAGAGCUCGGGGGCUUCCUCGACGUUCCCGACGACCCACACGCCGGAGGCCGGAAGCAGGGAAAGGGCAAGGGCUCCAAACGAUAG